CUGGGAGCAGCUCCCCAGAGCCGCCAAGAGGGCGCUGAGGAAAGCCGGCCGACUGGCCGCGAGACUGCGGUCCCGCUGAGGUCAACGUUGUUUUCGUACAAUUUUCUGAUCAGUCUUUGAAGAUUGACGAGACAAGGGGAGGCCCGCUCACAGGAAUUCUUUGGCCUGAUUGCUGAGACAUUCAUUCAACAGGAAAAUAUGAAUGACUCUAGGCAGCAGUCACUGUUCUUCGUCACACUUCCAGACUUAAGCAAACUCUGUGCGGUCAGGAUAAUACUGAGUGAUGAAGCGGCGGAUACUGACAUUAGGAGUACCCAACUAAAGAUAUGCAGGCAAUUGCUGUUUUUGUACCAAGAUAUCUUUACAUCACCUGUACCUGGAAUAUUUACCCAAAUUUGGGUGGUGAUGGCGAUACCAUUUUAUAAAGCUGGAAAACUUAAUGCCUACAUUGAAAAAUAUGGAGCUAAGAUGGAGGCUCCACAACGAGUAAUUCCUUUAAUUCUUCAGAGCUGUCUGUCAUAUUCACUCACGGCUAGACUUGCUCCAACCUGGAAUAAAACGGGCCAUCUCUUGGUGCAAGGAAGAGAAUUUCUUUCUCAGAUGGGAAAGCAAAGUGCUGUUGUGUUAGACAUCAAUGUAACAGAAACUCAAGUUUGCCUAAGUAUAGAAGCUUACACAAUCAGACUGCCACCACCUCAGCUAAGAGAAUUUGAUAUUUCUCGGAGUAUUUUAAAGGAUUUUGGUACUAACAAGAAUGCUGUUAUUGAGGGACAUUCGAUUUUAAGCAACUGGUGCUACGUUUUACCAAGUAUGAAAAUGGGACAAAUAAUAAGAUUUCUUCACACCAUACCUCCUGACUGUCCUUUUCACUCAUAUGAAGAUUUGCAGGUGCACUGGGACGACCUGUAUGGCUAUAAACUUCCAGAAGAUUGUGGAAAUAUUCAGAUAUACUGCAGCAUCUACUUCAAAAUGAUAGGAGGAAAGAUCUUCACAUACCCUCUCAGUUGCAUCAGAAGUCAGCCCAUACAGUUCUUUCCAAGAGUAGAUAUGGAAGGUGUGUUAAAAAGUUUUCUUUCAGAAUUAAAAUCUAAACUGCCCCAUAUAUGUGGAUUUCCCAUAAAGAUGACAACUAAGCCAUGCUACUACACACAAGAACUAACGAAAGUGCAUCUACAGGAAAACAAAGUCAAGCCGCCCAACCUAACCACUAAACAAAAGUUCAGGUCCUCUCUGGCUCAGCCCCCUUCCACAAGACCCGCCCUGGUUCAAAAUCUUCUACCACAUUUCAUAGCUGCAGACCACAAGGUGGAGCUUUCAGUCAGCCAGCCGAAGUCCUACCUGCCCUCAGCUCGGCCCCUCCAGCCAGAAUCUGUUCAGAGCACAAAGAAGUCCCUGUCUGGCAAGACAGCACAAGUGCAUCUGGAAGUACCAAAGCUCAGCAGAGUAAAUACUCAAGUCCAAGACGCAAAUUUUAGCUCCCAGCAUAAUAUUGCCCCUAAAUUCAUACCAGUUUUCAAAAAUCAGUCGUUACAGAUGAACAGAAAUAUCUUAGAACCUGACAACCUGAAAAGAAAACAACAUAUUGUUACAGAAUCUAAGUUGUUUUCACUUAAAACUAGCAUGACCCAGUAUGACAAACCAAAUUUACAUCGAGCUAUUGAAAAAAGAUCUCAUCGCAGCAUUCAAAUGAAUUCUAGAAAUUUAAAUCUGAAGACUGCUAGAUCUCUGCAAGGAAAAAACACCGAGUCCUGUGAAAAUGCGACAAAAAAUCCCCCUUCUGGUGGAAAAUCAUCAACUAUGAGUUUAAGUGAAAGUAAACCACGAUCUAAUAGUUCAGUAUUUCAGACAUCAAAUAACAAUUUAGGUGUAAUAAAAAGUGCUGUUGACUUCCAAACGAAUGGAAAUGAAAAUUUGACAAGCAAAUAUAUAACACAAAUUUUAGGGAAAAGCCAUGUGUCACUAAAAGUGAAAAAACAACCACACAUUUUUGAGUCAGACACAGAAAUGGAAAAUCCCCAACUGCUACAGCAACAAUCAGUUGAUCAAACUCAAGAAGUUGAUGUCAGUGACCAUCGGUUAACAGUGAGCAGAACAGCCCACAGGUCUAAAAGGAAAUUGUGUCCGGACUCUUCAAAGUCUUCGAAGAAGCCUCAUUCCAGUACUGUCCAGUGUACACAAUCCAGCUCUUCUAGGAACCAGAUACAUAACGUGGACAAAUCAAAACCUAAGAAAUCUCUCAUCAUUCCUAAAGCUUAAGACAUGGAUAUGAAAGAAGAAACUAUCCACCAGAGAUAACCACACUGGAGAGUGGAUGGACAUUCACACGCACUCCUGUGAACGUGGAAUCAGGCUCCAUCCACUGCUGUGGAAAUGCUUUUUUUCACUCAACAGGUUUUUUCAUAGUUACAUAGUGUUUCUUUGCAUGUGGGUGUAAUGUAUUUAACCAUCCCAACUGAUUGACAUUUAAGUUGUUCCCAGCUUUUCACUAUAACAGCAAUGUCAUUUUUAGUCUUGUGCAGAUCUUUGCAAAUAUCCAGUUAUAUAGUAGUUUUGUUAGUUGGAAAUACCUUUAUUUUGCUUUUACUAUUUUUAUUGUUGAAAUUUAUUUGAGUUCAUUAUUUUUACUACUGAACCUUUCAAGCCAUGCAAUAUAGUGAUAAUAGUAUAAGGAAAACCUCUAAGUACCUGUCACACCCUGCCUCAACAGUUAUUAAUAUUUUGCCACUGUGUCAUCUGUUUCUCACAGAUACACUUUUUUCUCUACUAUUUUAAAGCAAAUUCAAUGCACUGUAUAAUUUACCCAUAAACAUUUUAGUAUAUAUCUCUUACAGAUAAGGGAUAACAUAUUUUUAGAGAAAAAAAAGAACGUGUACAUAUACAUUAACUUUUGGGGUCUACCAUGUCUUUAUUGAUUCACUACAUUUCACUUUAGUUUAACAUGCAAAUGACAGGAUGCCCUCAAUAAAAAUAAAAUCUAUUUCACAGAAGAACUAGAGCCUUCAGCCAUAUAAUCAGAAUAUUGGAAUGGAGGUUUAUUUGUUCAGCCGUAUUCAUUAAGUACAUGCUAUGUGCCAAGUGGUAGGCUAGGCACUGGGUUACUGAAACAAAAAGACUGCCAUUGAUCACAUGGUCUGGUCUCCGGCAAACCCAUUCUGGGUUCCUGGCAAAGACAUCGGAGUGUAAAUGUAUGGAAGCAAAUGGCAACAGUGACAAGUUUGUCCAUAUUACAACUGAAUUCUCUAACACAUAAGAAGAAAGCAACAGAAAUGGAGCUUCUUUCCUAACUAGCAUUAUUCUGGCUUUCAAAAAGUUUAGGUGUUUAAUUUAUAAAAUGUGAUAUAAUUUUAUAGUAGGUUGUUUAAAAGAAGCCAAAAAUUCUCAUUAAUAUUCCACUGAAAUAAUCCUUCAUAAAUGAAAAAGAGCCAGCAGAUAGUAAAGUAUAGGCUGAACUUAGAUUUUUUUAGUGUGAUUUGCUGCUUUUGCUACUUCACUAAACCACAGCAAUUGAAGGCAAAAAUGAACACAAACUUAACUUCAAAACUGUAAAUGUAAUUCUUGCUCUUGAAAGUGUGCCUUGUUAAUUAAUUUACUACAUAUCUUUACUGCAAAUAUUUCUGUUUUCCAGAAUUAUCUCUAUUUUAUAAUUAUUUUCCAUUUUCAUAGGGAAAUACAUCUGGUUUAGAGCCUAUUUUGAGUGUGCCUUUCUCAUUCUAAAACAAGUAUGAUAGAUAACUAGUAGACUGCAGUGAAAAAAUGAUAUGUCAUUUCGUUUGUGAAGCUGCAGUGAAAAUAUUUUUUUAUGAAGGUGCUGUUAGUAAGGAUAUAUAUUUGGUCGCUUAAUAAUCCACAGCACAUACCCACUGCAACCAGUCUUGCCUGCUGCACCAUGUGUUCCCAGGCUGCCUUCCUGCUACUGUCCAGUUAUCAUGCCUUAGGUAAUACAGACUUAUUUUGCUAUUAGACUUAGCAAAAUAAUUUUAAAAGAUAAGCCCAUUGCUUAAGUAGUAUGUAGUAUCUUCUAUUCUUUGUAUAAAUCAUCUUGAUAGCCCAUCCUCCACUCCGUUAGUAUCUAAAACUUAGAGUUUAAAGGAUAGUAUUUCCUUACUUAAAUGUUAACCUACAUGGCAAAGCCUGCUUAUGUUAGAAUCAGUCUAUUUUCUGGUGCAAAGUAGGUUUAUUUUUCAUCUUACAAUAUUUAUCCUAAUGAAAGUUUACCAAAAAAAUACAUACACACACACACACCACACACACACACGUGAUUUACUAUAAAAAUAUAUCGACAGAUUGAUUGAUUGAUCAUUUAUGAGUCCACGUUCAGAGAUGAGAUUCCAGACCAAAUUGUGCUCUAAAUUACUAGAGAAAUCAAUGAAGAUUUCGGUUCAUUUUAGAGAUUGUAUUUUUGAAAGCCAGAAUAAUUCCAAAUCUAAUCAAGGAAAACUGAAUUGUACUUCCUUGUCUAAAUUUCCAGUAGUUUAUAUGCAUUGUGGAACACCCCUCACCCUGCCUCCAAAUCAUUCUUCAGUUUCCAACUGUAUGUUAGUUUUGGAACCAUUACGAUUUUAAAACCAUAAAUAAAUGGUUUUAUGUUUGCCUAUAUACAGAAUCGUAAAAGAUCAGCCAUUGCAUUUAAAACUGAAUGUGCCAAAAUUAUCAUCAUAGUAUAGUAUCUAAAUAGAAAUGUAAAAACCCUUUUUCUGUUCUAUUCGUAUUUUAAAUUUCACAGUGUUUGUUGCUUAUUUUAUUUGUGUUUUUAAUCUAUAUUUUAUUGUAUAUUAUUAUAAUUAUUAUAUUACACAUUAUUAUAUAUUAUUUUAUUUACAUUUUAUUUGUUGCUUACAUAGAAAGUAAGUAAAAAAUAUGGAUUAGUCAAUGGUUAACUUUUAUCUGACUAACCAGUUGGCUAAUCAGUGUUUGCUCUCCUUUUCAAAUUGCACGUCAUCUGCCAUUAUGCUGAAACUAACAAUAUACUGAGUAUCUGUUGAUACUUAAGAAUGGUCACUAUUUAUAAAUAUUUAGAGAUGUCAUGGUCAUUAUUUAUUGAUGUUUAAAAUGUUCAUGUUGUAUCCAACAAACUGUCAUAGUGUCUUAUUUUUAAUUAAAAAAAAGUGCUUCAAAUAGGUGUAUUUUUCAUACAUCAGAGUGAAUGUAUAUAGGAAUGGAAAGGCUUAGAUAAACUACAAAUUCUUCCACAUCUGCGAUUCCAUUUCUUCACAUUCAUUUGCUGCUGGACCCAUGUGAACUAUUUUAGGUCCUUACCACUACCCAAAUCUUUAUUCUCAAAGUCUUUAAUUCUUUCAUUCAGCAGACAUUUGUUGAGUAUUUGCUAUGUGCCAGGAGCUAUUGUAGGUGCUUGGGAUGUAUCAGUGAACGUUAACAGGGAGAGAGAGACAAUAAACAUGACAAAUAAAUAAAGUACAUAAUGUGUUAGAAAGUGACAAGUAUAGCAAAAAGAGAAAUAGAGCAAAGUAAGGGAUGUGGUUUAGGUGGGAUUCCUUGAGCAAAGACAUGAAGGAGGUAAAGGAAUUAGCCACAUGGGUAACUGAAGGCGUAAGGAGCAGCCUGUGUGCUCAAGGAGACAUCAGGGAGCCCAGCGUAGACAGAGUAAAAUGAGCCAGAGAGGGGAGGCCAGGAGAUAAGACCUGAUUGGGAACACCUACUUCUACACUGAGUGAAAUGGGGUUGGGACCAGAGGGGUGACACAAUCCGACUUAGAUUUCAACAGCAUCAUUCUGACUGCUGAGCUGAGACUGGACCAGGGGUAGAGGAGAGCUCAAGGGAAGAAACAGGAAGGCCUGCUGGGAGGUCGCUGCAGGAACCCAGGCAGAGACGAAAAUGGCUGGUAGCAGUAGAGGAAAUGAGAAGUGUCUGAUUCUGGAUAUAUUGUGAAGCAUAAGGUCCACUGGGUCGGGGAUUUGAGAGAAAGAGAGGUGUUGAGGAUGACUCCACGGCUUUGGCUUGAUCGCUUGGGAGGACGGAACUGUUACCAACUGAGACGAAAAGGAGCAGGCUUUGGAGUAAGAGGAGGACUGGGAGUUGACCAUCGGAUUUCACAGUGUGGGGCUCACAGAUGACCCUGACAGGCAAUGUCUGUGUCAUGGUGGAGGUGAAAGUCUGACUGAGUGCGUUUAAGAGAGAAGGGGGAGGUGCAGAGGGGAUUGAAAAUCGUGAGUGUGAACAGCUCAUUUGAGAAGAGCCAUUGGUGGACUUUUCCUUAUUUUCAUUUACUCCUUAACAAGAUUGUCCUUUGAUUACCCCCUUCUUGAAACACUAUUCUCCCGUGGCCUCUGUAAUCUUGCGUC